UCUCUGGCCUGAACAAGAUGCUGAGUUUCUGGAGUGUCCUCAGUGGCAGAACUCUCUACGUGGCCCUCUUCUCCCUCACGGUGCUCAUCGGCCUGGGGGGGCUGGUGGGCAACGGCCUCCUGCUCUGGCUCCUGGGCUUCCGAGUGAAGAGGAGCCCCUUCUCCGUCUACAUCCUCCACCUGGCCGGAGCCGACUUCCUCUUCCUGGGCUGCCAGAUUGUGUUCGCCGUCCUGACCUUCACGCGGGGCUCGCAGCCCUUCUACGCGGUGGUCUUGUUCCUCUGGUUCACGGCCGGCCUGGGCCUGCUGGUGGUCCUGAGCCUGGAGCAGUGCCUGACUGUCCUCUUCUCCACCUGGAGCCACCGCCGCCCCCAGCACACGUCGGCCUGCGCGUGCGCCCUGGCGUGGGCGCUGUCCCUGCCGCUGGUCUUGGUGCCCAGCAGCGCCUGCGGCUUGCUGACAGGGGGCGGCUCGUGGCUCACCUGCUUCCAGUACCACGCGGUGGGCACCGUCUGCUUGUUCCUCCUCUUCUCUGUCCUCUGCGUGUCCGGCCUGAUCCUGCUGGUCCGAGUGCAGUGCUGCUCCCAGAGCGGGCCUCCCUUCUACUACUUCAGCCUGCAGAUGGUCCCCCUGUUCUUCUUCUGUGGCCUCCCCUUCCUCGUCUACUGGGCCUUAAUUAACACCAUGACCUUCAUCGUAACCUUUUUUUCUAACUUCCUGUUUGUCGUGGAGUUCCUGGCCUGUGUGAACAGCACCACGAAGGCCCUCGUUUACUUCUGCGACGCCGGCCACCGGCGGGACCUGCGAAGGGCCUGGGCCAGGGGAGGGAAGAGCAGGUUCUCCGAGGCCCUGGAGAUGACGGCCUGAGCUCCGGGCCCAUCGAGCCUCUUCUCCACGGGCGAAAGCCUCCCAGAUCCCCGGAGAAUUGUAGCCAGAAGGAAGCGGCUCCGAUCAGAAUGGAAGCUCCUUGAGAGCAGGAACUGCCUUGGGUUUGUCUCUGUAUACAACUCCAGGGCCUGCCAU